AUGAAGCCGAGACAUGUUGUGGAGAAACUUUCAGAAGCGAAUAACGUCUGGUUUGGAAGUUUCGAUGUUGGAAAUUCUAAGAACCUGACUCUCCUCAUCGACACCGGCUCCUCUGACGUUAUCGUGAGCCCCGGACUUUACAAGGGCGGGCCUCAUUCUGUCGAUACCAGCUCGACAUUUGCCAACACUUAUGGCACCACAGAGAGUGAUGGCUCCGAACCGGAACAAUCAGGCGCUGUUUAUGGGAGAUUUGAGCACCACCUCUAUUAUUCAGGAGUGGGCACUUUAUGCCGACAUUGCUCUCAAUGGAAAGAUCUCAAGAAGGAUGCGUUAGCAGAGUUGGAUACAGGAACUGCCACAGUUAUUGGUCCGCUUGAUGAUGUGAUUGCAAUCUUCAAGGCUGCAUCUAUUCGAUAUGUCAUCCAAAUAUCUGAGGAUUCUGGUACCUCCGUCACUGGGUACUUCCCCUGUGAUCGACCGCCCACCUUGGAACUCUCGAUUCCUUCCCAAAGUAACGCAACCGCUGCUGCAAAACAGAACUCAAAGCUUGUCAGCCAUCAUAGCUCGACUUUCAAUAUUGCACCAGAUCAGUGGAUUGCUGCUGAUAAUAGGAGCAACAAUUGCACAGCAAUCCUUUCUGGGACAGAUGCUUUCCCUAUUCCCGAUUUGUGGGUAGUUGGCCAGCCAUUCUUCCACGGCACUUACGUCGACCAUAACCUAAAGGACGGUACGUUGGGCUUUGCUCCAGCGAGAUGUACAAACUAA